CAUUAUUUUAGAAUGAGUACUACGUUAUUUUAUUUUAGAAUGAGUACCACAUUUUCAAAAUGAAUAAUUAUGUUUGUGUGAGAAUGAAUACUUCUUUACUUCAAAAUGAAUACUACUCGGAUGUACCUACUUCUACUUACCUCCGAAUGUACCAUAUACCUUCUAGCAUGUAAUUCUUGACUAGUUUGAGAUAAAUAAGAGGGGAACUCGCCGUUGGACUUAUAUUAAGGAACUGAAGGAAGCAGAUGGACUUGAAGGGAAAACCAGCUGACCAUGGCUACUACAUGCCUGCUGAGUGGGAAUCCCAUUCACAAACUUGGAUCGGCUGGCCAGAACGGCCAGAUAACUGGAGGGAAAAUGCUGUGCACGCUCAACAAGUAUUUGCUAGUGUAGCAACUGCUAUCUCAAGAUUUGAGCCUGUCACAGUUUGUGCUAGUUCCACUCAGUGGAGCAAUGCACGUAAUCAGCUACCGGAACAUAUCAGGGUUGUUGAGAUGAGCUUAAAUGAUUCUUGGUUUCGCGAUAGCGGUCCAACCUUUGUUGUAAAAAAGGAUAGAGAAAGUUAUCAGAAUCUUGAGCCAAGGGUUGCAGGCAUUGACUGGACAUUUAAUUGCUGGGGAGUUAAGAUGAUGAGGAUGACUCGAACGUUGGAAGCAAUUCUAGUCAUACAUCAUACAGAGUUAAAGAAUGCAAAGGAUGGCCCAGUGAUAGAGACAGAUGUAUCUGCAAGUGGUUCAAUGGCAUUGGGAGUUGCGAAAUCGAUAACAGAUUAACAUGGUAAAAGAAAUCUUGUUAGCUAAG